UUGGGAACUAUUCGAACGGAAAAAUCGGGCGAGGCGGUGCGAGAAGGCAACGUCGUCCAUUUAGACGUGAGCCGUGACUCUGUGGGCGCAAGCUGCGGUUUGGCGUCACGAGAAGACUGGCCGGCUGUCGCGGGCGACCCUGACCUAACUCAAGAGCUGGGCGGGUCACGUAGCCGGGUGGGGUUGAAACUCCGGACGUUCACCUUGAGACGCGAAGCUGAGGCGAACGCGGGAGCGGUUUGA